AUGCAGCGCCCCGAUCCCCCGAGCGCUGCUCGGAACUCUGCCCUGGUAGAAGAGUUGGAAGAUGUAGAAGGGGGAGAUCUCCUCGAGAUCGCAAAGUUCAUAGUCCGCAAUGAACGGCGCAUAGAGCAGGGACUAUCCCAGGCACUGUUUGCUCGGUCGGCGGCUUUGUACAGCAAUGGAGAGUUGUCGCAGGCCGACAGACUCCUAUAUCAUGCCUGCAUGCUGCGCAAAUGUGUCGAGCGACUACCAGACUGGCGACACUAUCUCGGAGAGCUCAAGGAUGAGAAAGGGCCAGCCGCGAGAAAACUCAGACAGGAUAUAGCCGAUGCAAAGACGGCAUUUCAGAGACAACAGUCCAAGCCAGACUCUUCUGAGAAGAGCAGACGGCAGGACGACUAUGUGCCGCAGGCAGCGCGGCGACAUUCAGAGCGAGCGGAAGUACGUUCACAGGACAGUUCGCGUCACGACACGAAUGCUGGGAAACAAAGCACAACCCUGCCCGUCAGAGGCAGAGAUACUCCACAGAUAAGCCGAAUGCCUGAUGAGCAGUCAACGUACGGCAGACACAACCAACGACCGACUCAAUCAUACAACAACGAGCCGCCCCAACGGAAUGCGCCGUCCCAAGUCCGUGUAUUUGUGCCUGGCGACCGCAUCCACCCUCGGCUGGUCGAGCCCUGGGCGCGGGAGCAACUCGGUCGAGGUGCAACAGCUGAAGCUUAUCGACAGGCUGACUCCCGGGAAGGAUACCUCAUUACGGCGCCGACUGCGCCCACGAAGGAGAUGAUAACGCAAUUGAUUCGACAGUCCGAUGUUCAAUUUGAACGCGAUGAAGCGGCAGACUCCAAGUCGGUCAAAGCAGCUUCGGAUCGACACCAGACGCGCAAUCCAAAUCAACGGCCAGCAGGGCGCUCGUACACAUCUGGGGAGUCGGGCGAUAGACAUGACCCGCGGGUUCCAGAGCUGCGACACGAGGAGCGACACGGGUCUUCAACCGAGGUAAAGGGUAGACCCCAACAGCGUGAAUUGGUUCAGCAGUACGGUGAUCGCCAUCAGGAGACCUCCGCAAUAAGAACUCAGAGGCACCUCAGCCAUACUGAAGAUGUUGGUUCCAUUUCGUCCGGGCAGCAACGCGACGUGAGAGCUUCGUCCGACAGUGACUCAGCAGUGACAGCAAUCAGGAUCCAGAAUACCCCAGGAGAAGGCAAUGCCGUGCGACGGGGGUCGCGACUUGUCUUGCGCGAUGUGACCACUAGCCAGGCUACAUACCCACCACGGAGAACCGGUGCUAUCAUCGACCAUGGUUGCACAGCGGACGUAGACCCGGAUCUCAAGCGACGAGUAGAUAACCUCAUCUCCCUUGCCUUUUGGAAAGAGCUCGGUGCGGGUGGGAAGCCGGAGGGGCGCCAGAAAUCUAUCGUUUUCGGCAACAUCAAAGCGUUCGCCCUGCGAGGAGUAGGACCAGUAUUUCUUGACCUCGGGCUACCGUCUGGAUCGGCGAAAGAUGAGCCUUUCGUGGUUGUCACGGACCCUAGGUUCGAGGACCGGAUGCUCCUCGGAGAGACAAUUGUCGAACGGAAGCGUCUGCGUGAUUAUGCCGAGCGCGAGAUCCUGGACGGCCAUUUCCCCGAUGCUCCUAUUUCAUGCAAUGCCAUCAGAAUCAGUGAUGUGACGACACCUCCGUCUAAGGGCGCACAUGGACCGCGAAAGCCGCCACCAGUGCCCCCAACGGUGACCGGAGGUAGGAGACUGGAUCACACGGCGUUCAGAUGA